UUUUUUAUUUUAAUUUUGAAUUACAAGUAAUGUUAUCUGCCAUACUAACGAUCUACUAAUAUCAUAUUUGUAUUAUGAUGUUAGCAUAGCUCACUAACGGCAGGCGCGCACACACACACACACACACACACACACACACACACACACACACACACACAUACACGCACACACACACACACACACACACACACACACACACACACACACACACACACACACACACACACACACACACACACACACACACACACACACACACACACAACACACACACACACAAUUCAUUCUUAUUCUUCUAUAUAUGAUCUAUAUUAUAUACCAUAGAUACUACUAUAACAGAUGAGUCAGAACGACAAGGGAGAAUUACCCAUCAGCUUUACAAAGUGCUCCUUCAUUUAAUUAGUCGCAGCUAAACCUUUGAGACGCGAAAUCAGCCUGACAACAAUCCACGCAAAGCCCCCUGGCUUGGGUACAGGUUGAUUAAAGACAACAUGCCCUUGGUACAUCCCAACACGUGCCUGUCUGCCCAUCUGACCACCACACUUCAAACUCUCCCCAACAUGACCCGACUACACCAAAUAAAAUCUGCAAUUGAAUGAAUGAUUUUUUUCUUUGCUUUUCAAAGAUAGUUGCUGGGGUGUGUGUGUGUGUGUGUGUGUGUGUGUGUGUGUGUGUGUGUGUGUGUGUGUGUGUGUGUGUGUGUGUGUGUGUGUGUGUGUGUGUGUGUGUGUGUGUGUGUGUGUGUGUGUGUGUGUGUGUGUGUGUGUGUGCAUUAUAGGCAGACAAAGGAAGUUUGAGCUAAAUCUUUUUCUCAAUCUUAAUUUAAUAUUAGGGGCUGCUUCAACAUAGAAAUGAACAAAAGACAAAUUCUUGUAAAUAUACUACUGCAACAACUAAAGUAAUUGGAAUCAACUGGCCGACACACUGAGCGACACAUGGCAGCCAACACGCGACCAACACGACGGGUUAAGUUCGGGUCAAUCGACAUCAAGGGACUUAGAGCUCAUUUUGAGGCACGUGCGCAAGGGAUCCGACUUUAGGGGUAGGGCCGGGUCACUUUAUGAGGGCGGGGAGAUGGGCUAGAAGAGCAGCAGGGGACGGCGCGGUCAGACCAGAGGGGGAGCAGAGAGGGUCGUCAUAGUGACUGUUUCCCAGAAUUGAUGCAUGUGAGUCUACCUAUGAGCCAAAAGUUUCGGACUCUGUAUCCGUAUAGUCUUUCCCAGUCACAGUUGAAUCCCGUUUGCCUAUUCAAGAGGAACGUGUGGGACAUUUAGAAGAUCCACAUUUAUAGGGAUUAGGCUGUAGGCCUGCCAUAGAAGGUCUAUCCGAAACGCGAUUACCAUCGGCGCGGCAGAAGCAGGUAUCCCCCUUCUUAGAGCCGAUAACAUGACGCAUCCUGCCAACAACUCGCCGCUCCUCAAGCCUUUCUUCCUGAAGACGCCCGUCGGGGGGGUCAGCCACAUGCGGCGGCGACGACACACACUCCCGGCCAGCGAGUUCAGGAACCUCAACCCCCAGGACGCCAUCAGCGUGUUUGAGAUCGAACGGGAGGCAUUUGUGUCCGUGUCUGGAGAAUGCCCACUCACCCUAGACGAGGUGCUCAGCUUCCUGGGCCAGUGUCCCGAGCUGUCUCUGGGAUGGUUCGAGGAGGGCCAGCUGGUCGCCUUCAUCAUCGGCUCCGGCUGGAACAAGGACAGGCUCGCACAGGAAGCCAUGACGCAGCACGUGCCAGACACCACGACCGUGCACGUGCACGUGCUCUCCGUGCACCGCCACUGUCGCCAGCAGGGCAAAGGCUCCAUCCUGCUAUGGCGCUACCUGCAGUACCUGCGCGGCGUGCCGGGCCUGCGCCGGGCUCUGCUCAUCUGCGAGGAGUUCCUGGUGCCCUUCUACCGCAAGGCGGGCUUCAAGGAGAAGGGGCCUUCGUCCAUCUCGGUGGCCAACAUGUGUUUCCAGGAGAUGGAGUAUACGCUCGGGGGGCUGGCUUACGCACGACGCAACAGCGGCUGCUAGUCACCCAACCCCAGACCCCUCAUGGUGCAUGAGGGGUUUGGAGUUGGGAGACUAGGAGAGUUGUGAAUUAAGCAGAGCACCGCCACUCGUGAACAGACUAGUCAGGGCAGUCAUUUGUUGUAUCACGUCAGUGAUAAUGGAAAUGACUGCCUGGACUUUUGAGUGGGCCCGGGCCCGCGUUCCUCACCAUUUUAUCGGCCUAACUGAGCGUAUACAUCCUUCCAUCAUCCAUAUAUAGACGAUAAAUGUCCCGACAGGACCUGGCUGUCGAGUUCAGGAGCGCUCCCUGUUAUCUCUGAUCCACUGCGUGUGUCUGGCAGUGACCACAAACGGUACUAACAAUGGUUCACUAAUGGCUCAACCUCAAAAUGAAAAUCAAAAAAGAAGCCACAACCAAUCAAAUAGCCGUUUUUGAAUUGCCAUCUGUCCUGUAAUGUGUAUUAAAAAGUCGCUGCGUAGGACUACAACUUACAACACCUAGUGUAGAUGAAAUGUUCCAAUGAUUAAUCAAUUAUUGAUUAAGUAAUUAAUUGUAAUCUUCAAUCAUCAUGUUUUGAUCAACAUUAUGAGGCUCAAUGAUGCAUGGGGAAGCCCUAUUGAUUGCAUGUUGUGUGUUUGAAUGUAUAUUAUAUACUGUUCUAUUUUUUCUAAUGUGCAUUUAUAUAUUUAUGAAAUCAUACAAUCUGGCUCAUCCUUUUGCAUUGUGGGUGACGUGUGAUUUCUGUUGACCUCAUUAACACGGCAUUAAAGAAUCUGUUGCCGAUGCU